AUGACUGGAGCCCUGAAUACUGGACUCAUACUCUUCUCAUUUGUGGUGGUGUGUAAGUGUGAGCCAACACAUGCUGGGCCAGACAGAGUGGGGGAGUCACAUGGGGAUUCAGGACUGGUCCAUCUGACUUCUCACUGGGCCUUCCAGCUGGCCAAUGACUCACUGUCCUUCCCCAGGGCUGACAGAUCCUGCAGAGGCCAGUUCAGUUCCCUUGCCACCCUUGAGCAGUCAGAGGACCAGGAGGGAGUCUUGGAGCUGCUUCGGCAGACUGGACAUCGUCCGCCUAUCUGGGUCAAGGAUCCCAGCAAAGCAGCCUCUAGGGCGGUGGCCCUCUCCAAACAGUAUGUACAGUUCUCAGCUCUAAACUUCCCAACGGAAUCCCAUAAGGGCUUUGCUCGUGUCAACAUGUCCUUUCCAACCCUGUCGUCCAUCAGUGUGUGUGUUCGAGUUCAGUGGAGCCCAGAGUGGAAUGAGGUGUCCACCAUCUUCUCCUACGCUGCACCUGUCUUUAUCAAUGAGUUCCAGCUAAGAGGCCAGGUGGAUGUGCGGGGACGCAUCCUCCUUGCGCUCAUCAUCCACGGAAAGCACCUGCCGUAUAAGGCGUCCUUUCCCAACGACGGAGCUUGGCAUCACAUCUGUGUCACAUGGCUCCAGAGCAGUGGCCACUGGGCUAUCUAUGUGGAUGGGGACAGAAAGGACAUGGGCUUAGGCACAGACUCUUCCAGGAAUAUCUAUGGGGAUGGUAUACUUAUGCUUGGUCAGGACCAAGAUACAUUUGGAGGGAAUUUAACAGAGCCUUUUUUUGGAAAUAUCACUGACCUUAAUGUUUGGAAUAUGUCUCUGGAAACAAGGCAUGUCCAUGCUCUCAAUGCAUGUUCACCCAUAACCCAGGAAGUGCUCUUCAGUUGGAAUCUUGCCCACCUAAGCAUCCAUCCAGUGGUCAAAGAGGUACAGGUCCUUCUUUUUUGUCCAGCAGUGCACCAGCAGAUGGAGCUGCAGGGCUGCAGGACGCUGCAGGGAUGGUCAGAUCAGCUCCCACUGUUCGGCCUGACAGACUGCUCUGACCCACUGCUGUUCAUCUGCAGGAACAGAAGAGAGCGUUACCUGAAGAUGAAGCAGAUGACUGAUUCUCAGAACUCCCAGCCCACAGCCUUUAUGAAUAGUCUGAUGAAGCUUUCCAACAAAACCCAGGCAGUGCUGGGGCAGCAGCCAUCAGGGCUGAGCAGCCUGGCAGAGGCCUCUGCCCUGCUGGACAUCUCUGUCCAGGCCCUGGAGGACACACAGCAGGAGGGACUGCAGCCAACAGACAUGGUGUCUCUCAUCCAGCUGCUGUCUCUGGCUGCUGACAUCCCUACUCAGCCACUCAGUGAUGCCACCAACCACAGCGGGGACACGGUCCAGGAGCUCAGCCGGCAAUUCAUCAGUGUGGCCGACAGCGUCAUCAGUGAAGACAACGCCCUCAAGUGGCAGGCCAUCAAAGAGGUGGUGAACGGCCCCAUGGAUGUGGUCAAGAGUAUUGAUCGGAUGGUGACCAGCCUGAGCCCUCGCUUGAUGGAAGAGACUGAUCACCUGAUCAUUCACAGACCUAACAUCAAAGUGGAGGUGCAGCAGCAGAGGCUGCAGGAAGGAUCCAGAGGAUUUAGCUUCUGUGGGCCUGAGACAGAGAAGCACACCACACUAGACUGCAUUUCAGUCCCACAGCAGAAGAUACAGGAUCUCCAUAACAACGGCUUCCUUAAGCUCACAUUGGUCAACACGUGGUACGGCUCCCUGCGGCCUCUUUUCAAUCUGGAGGAAAACAUCACCAUGGUUCCUACCGUCACUGACGGCAGUCAGAGGUACUUGGGCACCGUCCUGGGCUCUUCUGUCAUAUCCACCACAGUGAUGGGAGACAACCAGCCGGUUAGCACAGCAGUUCGCUUCCAACUCCAGCACAGAGUACAGAAUCCCACUGGUACCGUGUAUGAUCCAGUGUGCGCCUUCUGGGAUUUUGAUCUCACUCCGGAGACUGGUGGGUGGUGGAAUACCAAAGGCUGUGAUGUAGUUUCCAAACAAUAUGGAUACACAGUGUGCUCCUGCAACCACACCACAAAUUUUGCAUUGCUGCUGCAGGUUUAUGAAGCCCAGAGGAGCCCAGAGAACGAAAAAGCUCUGCAGGUGCUGACGUUCAUCGGCUGUGGAGUGUCUCUGUGUGGCCUCCUCUUCACCUUCAUCCUCUUCAUCGCUGUGGGUGUCCCUAAAUCAGACCGCACCACUGUCCAUAAGAACCUGAUUGUUGCUCUGGGCCUUGCUGAGCUGCUGUUGAUGUGCAGUGACUGGGCGUCUGCCAAUGAGGCAACAUGCUUCGUGGUGACUGCACUACUCCACCUCUUCUUCAUGGCCUCCUUCUCCUGGAUGCUGGUGGAGGGCCUGCUGCUCUGGAGCAAGGUGGUGUCGGUCAACAUCAGCGAGGACCGCAGGAUGAAGUUCUACUACGUCAUUGGCUGGGGACUACCUGUUCUAAUAGUCGGUGUAACACUGACAGUAUCAGUGGAUGAGUACAAGGCAGAUGAUCACUGCUGGCUCAAUGUGAAGACGGACACCAUCUGGGCCUUUGUGGGACCUGUUAUAUUUGUCUUGGCGGUCAAUACAGUAGUGCUGUGUCGGGUUGUCAUGGUGACUGUUUCCAGCGCUCGUCGUCGGGCUAAGAUGCUCAGUCCAAGCUCAGCAUCAAAGAUGCAGACCUUUGACCUCACCUGGGCUGUGACCCGUCCAGUUCUCAUCCUGCUGCCAGUGCUGGGUUUGACCUGGCUGUGUGGAGUGCUGGUCCAUCUGUCAGUAGUAGUCGCCUAUGUCUUCAUCGCUCUCAAUGCGCUCCAGGGCCUGUAUAUCUUCUUAGUGUAUGCUGUUUACAACAGUGAGGUGAGGAAUGCCAUAAAGAGGAUCAAAGAAAAGAGAAAGGCCUUAUCUUUCACGAACUGUUCCCAGCCAACCAGCUUCCUACCUUCCCAGAGGGCCCCAAUUCCCUCCUGGGGCCGCAGUCCACCAACUCCCUCCAGCCCUGAAACUAGUGAGACCUCUGGACCCCCCAGCUCCACCUACACAUCCUUGGUCAUCAAGAACGAGAGCUUCAAAAAGGAAAGCUUUGUUAGUUUCUCUUUAAAACCUUCAUCAGGAAACCAAGUGGUCCAGCUGACUGGGUUUAAGCCAUCAGCUGUUGUGUUCACUGUGGCUGGGUGA